AUGGACGCAGGCGGACAUGUCCGAUUGCAGAAUACAGGACGCAUACGGAUCGCAAACACAGAAGUCAAUGGAAUAGAAUCGAACCAUGGACGCCACCUCCUCUCACUCUCCGAGUCGCUUGGUUUUCCACAUCCUACUCGCCCUUUCUCUGGGGUAUCAGGCUUGAUGCUGCGGAUGAGCAAGUUCUAA